CCGCGACGGACGAAGAACUCCUUUGCGACUUGUUGUCAACCCCCGCCGUCUGUUCUACCCACCCUCUGUUAGACGCCAUGGUUGAUCGUCGCUCGGAUUCUGACAACGGUUCGCGUGCUAAGCGUCAAAAAAUGGACAAGGCCGAGACUGAUCCCAAGGACAAUCCGUAUCUGGCUCACAUGUAUCCCGACAACAACGGCGAUGCUGCGGCCCUUCACCCGGCCUUUGGCAAGAUGAAGCGUCACCAGACGACUGCCGCUCUGGCUAAAAAGGUGGAAGAUGGCGAGAUCAACCCUUUCAACAAUCAGCCUUUCUCCAGCAAAUAUGUCUCCAUCUUGCAGACUCGUCGCGAUCUCCCCGUCCAUGCCCAAAGAGAUGAAUUCCUAGAGCUCUAUCAGAAGUCGCAGAUCCUCGUCUUUGUCGGUGAGACAGGUUCCGGAAAGACGACCCAGAUUCCUCAGUUCGUGCUGUUCGAUGACAUGCCGCAAACCCAACGCAAGAUGGUCGCGUGUACCCAACCCCGUCGUGUCGCCGCCAUGUCCGUCGCCCAGCGUGUGGCCGCCGAGUUGGAUGUCAAGCUUGGAGAGGAAGUCGGUUACAGCAUUCGUUUCGAGGAUAUGACUAGCUCCAAGACCGUGCUCAAGUACAUGACGGAUGGUAUGCUUCUGAGAGAAGCCAUGCACGACCACGACCUUACCCGCUACAGCACCAUCAUUCUGGACGAAGCUCACGAAAGAACCAUGGCCACGGAUGUUCUGAUGGGUCUCCUGAAGGAGGUCGUGGUGCGCCGACCCGACCUCAAGAUCAUUAUCAUGUCCGCCACUUUGGAUGCGCAAAAGUUCCAGCGUUAUUUCAACGAUGCUCCUCUCCUUGCCGUUCCCGGUCGUACUCACCCAGUCGAAAUCUUUUACACUCCCGAGCCCGAGCAGGACUAUGUUGAAGCCGCCAUCCGGACGGUUCUCCAGAUCCACGCCACUGAAGACGAGGGUGACAUUCUGCUGUUCUUGACUGGUGAAGAAGAAAUCGAAGACGCCUCGCGCAAGAUUUCGCUGGAGGUAGAUGAGAUGAUGCGCGAGGCAGAUGCCGGGCCGAUCAAGGUUUAUCCUCUCUACGGUAGUCUCCCUCCACACAUGCAGCAGCGCAUCUUCGAGCCGGCGCCGCCUGCGCGUCGCCCGGGUGGCCGCCCCGGUCGCAAGGUCAUCGUGUCGACCAACAUCGCCGAAACGUCCCUUACCAUUGACGGUAUCGUCUACGUGGUCGACCCCGGAUUCUCGAAACAGAAGAUCUACAACCCUCGUAUCCGUGUCGAGUCCCUCCUGGUCUCUCCGAUCUCCAAGGCUUCCGCGCAACAGAGAGCCGGUCGUGCGGGUCGUACGCGCCCCGGAAAGUGUUUCCGUCUGUACACCGAAGGCGCCUUCAACAAGGAACUGAUUGACCAGACCUACCCGGAGAUUCUACGGUCUAACCUUUCUUCGACGGUGCUGGAGCUGAAGAAGCUUGGCAUCGACGACCUGGUGCACUUCGACCUGAUGGACCCGCCGGCGCCCGAGACGCUGAUGCGCGCGCUGGAGGAGCUCAACUACCUGGCGUGUCUGGACGACGAGGGCAACCUGACGCAGCUGGGCCGUCUCGCGUCGGAGUUCCCGCUCGACCCAGCGCUGGCGGUCAUGCUCAUCAGCUCGCCGGAAUUCUACUGCUCGAACGAGAUCCUGUCGAUCACGGCGCUUCUGUCGGUGCCGCAGGUGUUCGUGCGGCCGGCGUCGCAGCGCAAGCGCGCCGACGAGAUGAAGGACCUGUUCGCGCACCCGGACGGCGACCACCUGACGCUGCUGAAUGUGUAUCACGCGUUCAAGAGCCCUGAGGCGCAGGAGAACCUCAAGCAGUGGUGCCACGACCACUUCCUGUCGUUGCGGUCGCUGCAGUCGGCCGACAACGUGCGCAUGCAGCUGCUGCGCAUCAUGGAGCGCGAGGAGCUGGAGAUGAUCUCCACCUCCUUCGAUGACAAGAAGUACUACGAGAACAUCCGCCGCGCGCUGUGCGCCGGCUUCUUCAUGCAGGUUGCCAAGAAGGAACCCCAGGGUAAGAGCAUGUACAUGACCAUCAAGGACCACCAGAACGUCCUGCUGCACCCGUCCACCGUGCUCGGCCACGACGCCGAGUGGGUCCUGUACAACGAGUUCGUCCUCACCACCAAGAACUACAUCCGCACCGUCACCGCCGUCAAGCCUGAAUGGCUGAUCGACAUCGCCCCAACCUACUACGACAUCCCCACCUUCCCGAAAGGCGACAUCCGCUCCUCGCUCCUCCGCGCCGCAGAACGCCUCUCGCGUCGCGACAAAAUCCGCGCUGAGUCCGGGAAAAGGCGGUAGAUGAUGCGAUGCGAUGCAUGCACAUCCCAUUUCUCGUGUGCUCCUUCUGCUUUUUCUCCCCGUUCUUAUGAAUA